CUCCCUCCCGCCUGGCAGGUCUCACUCGCGACCCGACGAAGGCCCUUCCCUGGCCACCUAGGCCCCAGGGUGCGCAGGGCUGGACUCUCCAGGCUCGGCGACUGCGGUCCGGCCUCGCCCCAGGCGCUGCGCUCGGAGCCAGGAGGCUGCGGGGUCCCUAGCGGGCUGAGUUCCUCGCCGCCCCGGGCUGUGUCCCCGCAGACUCUGACAGCCAGGGCUCUGUGCUCCCUCCUACCUGAGUGGCUUCUGCUGGUGCUCCCCUGAGAACAUGGUGCAGAAGUACCAGUCUCCUGUCCGUAUCUACAAGUACCCCUUCGAACUGGUCAUGGCGGCCUACGAGAAGCGCUUCCCCACCUGCCCGCAGAUCCCGGUCUUCCUGGGCAGCGAGGUGGUGUUCGAGUCCCGCAGCGCCGAUGGCGCGGUGCACGUGGUGGAGCGGAGCUGCCGGCUGCGCGUGGAGGCCCCGCGGCUGCUGCGGAAGAUCGCGGGUGUGGAGCACGUGGUCUUCGUGCAGAGGAACGUCUUGAACUGGAAGGAGAGGACCCUCCGCAUCGAGGCGCACAACGAGACCUUCGCCAGCCGCGUGGUGGUCCGUGAGAACUGCAGCUACACGGUCCACCCUGAGAAUGAAGAGUGGACUUGCUUUGAGCAAUCUGCCUCGCUCGACAUCCGGUCCUUCUUUGGCUUUGAAAGUGCCUUGGAGAAGAUUGCCAUGAAGCAGUACACAGCCAACGUCAAGAGGGGGAAGGAGGUGAUUGAACAUUACCUGAACGAGCUCCUCUCCCAGGGCAUCUCUCACAUUCCCCGGUGGACACCGGCCUCGGUCCGAGAGGAGGACGCCUGCUCCCAGGCUGUGCUGGGCGAUCCCGGCUCCCUGGACGUCCACGGGCCCGGAAGCGCCCAGGGCCCCGCUGAAGAGGUGGUUGGUGCAGAAGGGGACAAGCUGGACGCCGACUACAUCGAGAGGUGCCUGGGCCAUCUCACGCCCAUGCAGGAGAGCUGCCUGAUUCAGCUCCGGCACUGGCUGCAGGAGACACACAAAGGCAAGAUUCCCAAAGACCAGCACAUCCUUCGGUUCCUGCGGGCUCGUGACUUCCACCUGGACAAGGCCCGGGAGAUGCUGUGCCAGUCCUUGAGCUGGCGAAAGCAGCACCAGGUGGACCUCCUCCUUCAGACCUGGCACCCCCCUGCCCUCCUGGAGGAGUUCUAUGCGGGGGGCUGGCACUACCAGGACAUAGAUGGCCGCCCCCUGUACAUCCUGCGCCUGGGCCACAUGGACACCAAGGGCCUGAUGAAGGCCGUGGGGGAGGAGGCGCUGCUGCAGCACGUGCUCUCCGUCAACGAGGAAGGACAGAAGAGAUGUGAAGGGAACACCAGGCAGUUUGGCCGUCCCAUCAGCUCCUGGACCUGCCUGGUGGACCUGGAAGGGCUCAACAUGCGGCACCUGUGGCGGCCGGGGGUGAAGGCCCUCCUGCGGAUGAUCGAGGUGGUCGAGGACCACUACCCUGAGACGCUGGGCCGGCUGCUCAUCGUGCGCGCCCCCCGCGUCUUCCCCGUGCUCUGGACGCUGAUCAGCCCCUUCAUCAAUGAGAACACCAGGCAGAAGUUCCUCAUCUACAGUGGCAGCAAUUACCCGGGAGGCCUCGUCGACUACCUGGACAAAGACGUGAUCCCCGACUUCCUUGGGGGGGAGUGCCUGUGUAAUGUCCCGGAAGGAGGGUUGGUCCCCAAGUCCCUCUAUCUGAUGGAAGAGGACCAGGAGCAUGCAGAACAGCUGCACGAGUGGAGGGAGACCUACCAGCCGGCCUGUGUGCUCCGCGGGGCUCCCCAUGAGGUUGCGGUGGAGAUUCUGGAGGGGGAAUCAGUCAUCACCUGGGACUUCGACAUCCUCCGAGGGGAUGCGGUGUUCAGCCUGUGCUACGCUAAGCAGGCACCCAAGCUGGGCCCCCGGGAGCCUGGGGCCAGGGUCAGCGGGCAGCUGAUGGACAAAGGGGAGACGCUGGGUGCAGAUUACAGCCCUGUGGAGGCCCCCCUCAUCUGCCGGGAAGGGGAGAGCAUUCAGGGCUCCCACGUGACCCGGUGGCCCGGCAUCUAUCUGCUCCGGUGGCAAGUGCACGACCCCCCUGGCAAUGUGACGGAGGACGCCCUGACGGCCCUGCACAGCCCUGGCCCCAGGUGCAAACUCCUCUACUACUAUGAGGUGCUGGCGUCUGAGGACUUCAGGGGCUCCAUGUCCAGCCUGGAAUCCUGCACCAGCCGCUUCUCCCAGCUCAGCGCUGCCACCUCUUCCUCUUCCUCCAGCCAGUCCCACAGCAGCUCCCUGGUCUCCAGAUAGCCAGGGGCAGCCUACUCGCCUCAAGUGUACCACCAGAAGCCAGCUUGCCGCGCGACCCGGGACCGUGUGGUCUGGAUGCUGCCAAAGUUGGGAUGUCGAGCUGACAGCAAUGAUUCAGCCUGUGGCCUGAGGGUGGUGGGAGCCUCUAGGUCAGAACCAUCUCCUUUGUGCUUUGUGUAACGACAAGCCAAGGAGAGAGGGUGCCACCUUCAAACCUGCCUGUUCUGGCGGCUCAGGGAUGUCAUGAGGCUCAGCCCGCCCUUUACGUCUGCCUCUGCUUGCCUUGGGACGGCCUCCUUCUCGGGUGCCUUCCCCAUGGCCACAGGGCUCCCUCCUUCUUUCCUCCCAGCUCAGCUCCAGAAGAGAACUUCCUUCUCCCAAAGUUCCUCUAAUCAGCCUGCCUGGGCCAUGCUGGUCCCUGAACCAAUCCCAGUUACCGGAGAAAUGGAGAACACUGAUUGUCCACUCUGGACUAAUCACCGUGUGGGGAGCGGGUACAGGGACUGGCCAGCUGGACCACAUGUUUGUCCCUGGAGUCCAUCGCCUGGCCUAGAAAGCACAAGGGGCCUCUAAGAAUAUUGGGGUCUCCCAAGAAGAAGGGAGAAAGAAUACUGGGCAGGCAGAAAAGACGGAUGUUCAUCACAGCAUCUGGUUCCCUGGCGAUGCCCUAUGUCCCAAGACAGGUACAGUUAUAUGAGAAA